AUGCCUGCCGGUAACACAGCAGGUGUUGAUAUUGCAUAUAUUACCAAUGGUUACGUCUACCACACAAAAUAUGAUGACUUGCUCCAUAUCCCAGAAGGAUCUAUUCAAAGAGCAGGGGAUAAUGUGCUGUCUCUUGUGCAUGCCCUUGCCAACACUUCCGUGAUGAUAGACCACACAGAGGAAGAGAAAUUUGGUUCUGUGAUAUUUUUUGAUGUUUUGGGGUUGUUCAUGGUUACAUAUACAUCUCAAAUUGGCAAGAUAAUCAACACUCUUGUGGGAAUAUGUGGUGCUUUGAGUAUUAUCCUGAAAUUCAGAAAAGGAAACCAUCAGUCUCUGAGUCCAGGAUUACUACUGAAAGGUGUUGUUUGCACCCUUGUAGUAAUGGUUAUAGCUGGAAUGACAGUCUUGACAAUGGCACAGUUCCUCAGUAUAAUUGAUAAGAAAAUGUCCUGGUUUGCAAACCCUUUUUUGCUGGUUGGUUUGUACUGGUUACCAGGGGUGUUAGCUAUGAUUUGCUCUCAUGAUUAUCUUAAGUUUACUACUUUCAAGAACAUCUCUCAGUCUAGUCUGGAUGCAUUAUUCUUUGAUGUGACUCUGGUGCUGUGGUUAGUCAUUCUCCUAGUUCUUGGCAUCAAGCAAUCUGACUCGGCAUUCUAUGCAAUGAUGUGGGUAGCUUCUCCGUUGUUGGGUAGAAACAUUCUUUUGAACUUCACAAGUAGUUUUGUAACCCCAUUGCUGGCAGCAGUAUCAUUCCCUCUCUUAAUGUCCAUAUACAUAUUAUGGGUGACAUUUGAGACCUUCAUACCUAUUAUGGGACGCUCAGGUUCUGAGAUAAAUCCUGAAUAUUUUGUUGGAACCAUUGUUUUUAUAAGUGUUCUAGUCUGUACAAGCUAUCUGGUAGGUUACAUUUACAAAAGACCAUUUUUUAUGUGUAUAAGAGACAGGGAUGCUUUGGGAGUGAAGGAUUUAGCUGAAUAUAUACCAGAGCUAGAAUCAGCAAAGCUUGCUGUCUGUGAGAAGAACCUUCCUUACUGUGGCUAUCCAUUCUACUUCUCAGUUCGACCAAUGCUAAGGAAGAACUUUCUAUUACCAGCAAAGCAUUCUGAUGUGGACCAUGUGAAGCUUGACCUGGUCUCGCGAACCAAGUUAGGUUCGCUACAGAAUCUUACUUUCACAUUUACAGGAUCAGAACACAUGACUGUAUUUAUAUCACCGAAACCAGGGUGUAAGGUGUUGAAAUGGUCCCUGACACCUGAAGUGCCACCAUUGACUGGUGAUGGUGAUGGUGGAAGUGUGUACUUUAUAUACUAUGGUGGUGGUUGGGACAUUGAAUCAUGGACUAUGUGGCUACAAGUACAGACGCCUGAAGGGUUGUCUAAUGGCAGUGAAGUAUUUGACAUUGCCGUGAGUGCAUAUUACGUACAUGGAAAGAAAACAACACCAGAGAUGAAGUCAUUUUCUAGCCAACAACCUGAUUGGGUGUUUACCGUACCCAUAGUAUCCACCUAUGAUCUGUGGACAUUUUAAGUCAACCUGAUUGGGUGUUUACCGUACCCAUAAUAUCCACCUAUGAUCUGUGGACCUUUUAAGUCAUCCUGAUUGAGUGUUUACAGUACCGUUAGUAUCCACCUGUGAUCUGUGGACCUUUUAAGUCAACCUGAUUGGGUGUUAUCCACCUACAAAGUGUAGACCUUUUAAGUCAACCUGAUGUUGGUGUUUACGGUACCACCAGUAUCCGCCUACAUACUUCUAAUGAUAUUUGCACUGUUUAGUUUGUUAAGUGGGUACAUUACUUGUGAUGAUACUUGGGUAUUAUUAGGUCAUUAAUUGGGUACACUAAUUAUUUGCAACAUGAGGAUUAAUAAGUGUGUGGUUCAAUUACUUUUGGACCGUUUAAAUUAUUAAUUGUGAUCACCUAAUGAUGUUUCACCUUUUUAAGUGUGUGCAUUGAUAUUGUAUUAAUCAUUAACACAAAUUUAAACUAGAGCAGUCACUCCAUGAAGUGCGUACCUCCACCAUCUGCCUGAAGGAGUACUAACAAUACACAGGCCAUGUAUGAUGGGCGACACUGCAUACCCUCAAGAAAAUAAUGGAAACGCCUGUCGCAUUCAGGCACAUUGUGUUCUUGAGUGCUGCCUGAGUACGAGGGGCAAUUACCAUUAUCUUUUAUGCUAGAGGGUAUAAAAUCAAAUUUUCUUGACCUUGUCUUUCGAAAAUUAAAAGGGGUCUUGCUUCGAUUAAUAUGUACCAUUCCACUAAUUUUUAUGAUGAUCUAUUCAUUAGUUUUGGCGUAGUCUUGGUAACAGACAGACAGAUAGACAGCAGUGAAUACAUUCUUGACAGAGGUAACAAUUGAAAAAAUGGCAACUACCGUGAUAAAAUAAUUUCAUAAUUUAUUAAUACAGGGCUCUUUCUAAUUAAACACCCCUUCAAUUAAAGACCACCUCCAAUUAGAGACCACUUUUUCUGAGGUACAAAUUAAUUCCUUUUAUCUUUAUAGUCAUUAAUUUUCCAAUUAAAGACUGAACAUUUAAAGAUCAUGAAAACCCUGGUGUCAAGUAGUCUUUCGUUGGAGGGAGACUUAAGAAGUAAAAAUAAAUACUGAAUAUUUUGAAGGAGAAUGGUGUACUGUAAUGAAGAAUUAAGAUAGUGAAUUUCCAAGGGUGUUAGCAUUGUGAAAUAUGAAUUGUCUAUUUUGGGCAGAGGUAAAAGUUUAGGCUUGAGUAAAAAUUCUAAUGGGGACCUUGGGUUUGGGCAGAGGAUGUCUGAAUAACAAAUUUAUGCAUGUACAUUCUGAACGCAGUAGAUGAUUAUUAUAAUAAAUGUGAACAAUUAUAUAUGUUUAAUUGGACAUUAAUGUGACAUUUUUAGUAAAACAUUUUAAAUAUUUAUCUAUGCAAGCAGCUAUAAGAUUUGCAAUAGUAAUUCCAGGUUAUAAUGAACGAUACGAUCAUGAAGUUGUGAUUUUCUUUGUACUGUUAAUUUAACUUGCUCCUGCUGUAUUUUUCAUUAUUGAUACAGUGAUGAAAUAAUCAUUGUUGAGUUCUGUGUUCCAAAUCCGCUAUCUGUUUGUUUAUAUUGUUUAUGAGGCUUUGAUGGAUAGACACUUUUUCUAAAACAGUCAAAGAGUAUCCAUUAAUAAUAUUUUGUGUAUCAUGUGUGUGGACUUCAAUUAGGAGUCAAUCGAUUAUAAAGCAGUUAUAUUAACUGUAAUUGAAAGAUAAAGAUGUAUGUUGAAGUAGGGUAACUAAACUUUAUUUCUGGAUGCACAUUAUAGGGUAGGUUAACACUUACAUUUUGUCUUUAAAUUGAAUAUUAGUGUAGUUAGAUGCCAUUCCACUGCAACAUAUUAUAAUGACACAGUGAACUGGGCAGUAUUUGACCCACAUUAUUAGGACAACAAGCUUACAUUCACAGUGAACUGGGCAGUAUUUUAACACUAUUAGAACAACAAGCUUACAUUCACAGUGAACUGGGCAGUAUUUGACCCACACUAUUAGGACAACAAGCUUACAUUCACAGUGAACUGGGCAGUAUUUGACCCACACUAUUAGAACAACAAGCUUACAUUCACAGUGAACUGGGCAGUAUUUGACCCACACUAUUAGGACAACAAGCAUGCAUUCACACAGUGAACUGGGCAGAUUUGAACACUAUUAGAACAACAAGCUUACAUUCACAGUGAACUGGGCAGUAUUUGACCCACACUAUUAGGACAACAAGCAUGUAUUCACACAGUGAACUGGGCAGAUUUGAACACUAUUAGAACAACAAGCUUACAUUCACAGUGAACUGGGCAGUACUGUAUUUGACCCACACUAUUAGGACAACAAGCAUGCAUUCCCACAGUGAACUGGAAAGUGACCGACAAUAUGACAAUAAUUUUGCAUUCACACAGUGAACUGGACAGUAUUUACCCAACAUUAUUACAAAAAGCUUGCAUUCACAUGGUGAACUGGACAGUAUUUGACCAAUAGGUCUACACCGUAUUAGAACCAUGAGCUUUCAUUUAAACAGUAUUUUCUCCUUGUUUUCAUUGGCGCAAUACAUACGCAUGGGGUAUAAAUAUGAGUUACUGUUGUUUGGUAUAGAUUUACCUAGUGUGAGCUGUGAUCCUCUAGGCGUAAUUAUACAAUUAUUGCGGUGUAUGGUUGUAUGUAAUUGCUAUCGAUUUAUAAUAAUAAAUUAUUUUGAAAAAUUCAUA